AUGUACUUUGAACAAAAUACAAAUACAAGGACAGUUUAUGGCGUUCAGUGGAAGAAACUAGAAAAAGAAGAGAUGUACGUUUUCAUCGCGCUUCAUAUUCUUACUGGAUUAGUAAAGUGCUCUCGCAUAACAGAUUACUGGAGUAAUAACAUUUUGUGCGCUGGUCCAAAAGUUUUCAAUAAAUCUAUUAUGAGUCGAAACAGGUAUCUUUCUAUACUCAAGUUUAUUCGGUUUUCGCCACCCGAAGCAGCAAGAAACAAUGCCCCUCUAAGCCGACUUGGAAUUUAUAUGUCCAUGCUCAAAGACAACUGCAAGACGUUGGUUGACCCUGGACCAGUUGACCGAGAAGUUAUUCUAGACAAUUGGUAUACAUCCGUGCGGCUUUCGCAAUUUUUACUUACCCAAGGAACCUAUUUGACUGGAACUAUAAGAAGCAAUCGUGGAGUUCCCGCUCAGUUAACUAGAAUUCCACUAGAAAGGUACCAAUCCUGCUUCGUACGGAAAGACAUGCAACUGCUUGUACGAUAUAAGGACAAGAAGGAUGUUUACUUGUUGACAAGUAAGCAUAGUGCAGGGUUUUUUGAAAAAUCUCGCUAUAUGGUAGGCGGUAAACAAGUGCAUUUUAAAAAACCUGCCCACAUUGAAUUUUAUAAUCAAAAUAUGGGCUCUGUUGACGCUGUCGAUCAAGAUCUGGAACCUUACAAUUCUUUACGAAAAAGCUAUACUUGGUUUACAAAAGUGGGCUUUCAAUUAAUGCUCCAGAUGCUUCUAAAUUCUAAGGUUUUAUUCUGUAACGCUAAAGAUGAUUUCAACAUUUCGAUGUAUGACUAUAUAAAACUGUGCUGUAAUGGUAUUUUGCACAAAUACAGUGAAGGAUAUCGCUGCAUGACGGAUGCUUCUUCAUGUUAUAAUCAACCUUCAACUUCAAAAAAAACACAAAAAGAACACGUUAUGGUUAAUUUACCAAAGGAAGAUGAAAAAAACGGGCAUUGCGAAAGAUCUGCGUUAUUUGCCGAAAACACAACCAAAGGAAACUAA